GCACUGUCCCACUCCAUGUCUCCCCACUCUGCUUAUUACUGGAGUCAGGACAGAGCCUGCAGUGCUGGAACCAGGACCACAGCAGUCACAAGCCAGCCUUGGUGUCCCCACCUCCACAGAGCAGCAGAGAAAGGUUUACUAGGUGUGGCCACAUUGGGCAGAGGGACAAGGAAAAGGCUCAGUGUGGACAGUGCCUGCCACGUAAACCUGAGUGAUCCUGGGAACCCAUGAUGGAAGGAGGGAACUGAUUGCCCAAAAGCUGUUCUCUGUUCUUCAUAUGCCACCCUGUGGCACGUGCCACCUCACGUACACUUAUACACAAACACACGGGGGUGGGGGGGACAGAGACAGAGAGAAUGACUCUCCCAAGCUCUUCUUUGGGUUCCUGACACACAGUUUAGGUUUAAACAGAAGGCAAGAGUUAGGCCUAGCUAAACAGGCCUGGUCAAGGUGUGGUCCUGCCCAUCACUGACCCAUCACUGUGUCUGGCCCUGGCUCCUCAGCUGUCUGGCCAGGUAGUCUAACAAGUCAGACCAUGUGGAAUCCUUCCAGGAGACAAGGGUCUUCUCUGCUGGCAGCAGGCCUCAGCUUUUCCCUUCUCAGGUGAAUCCCCUGGGAAAAUUUCAGUUUCUUGUAACCCACUACAUCAGUUGUCUGGUAGGCAAGGAGAGGGAUGUGGGUGUCUGUGUCUCUGUCCUUCCUCUGGUCCGUUUUCUGUGCAGAAGGCAGAUCAUCUUGGAACCACUGCCCAGGGCUGCAGGGACCAGAGUGUGUUCAAAUAAUGUGCACAUGCGGAUCAUUUGAGGGAACCUGCAAAGUUUGCUGACAAAUGACACCAGAGUAUGUGGAGAAUGUGCCCCUCCAAGGAUGUACAGAGGUCCCCAGGCUGAGACUGAGGGCACCCCAGAGAGGUGAGGAAGAAAAGUUACCAGUAUAUCGCCCCAUUUCAUGAGAGACUCCCCUAAACAAAGGCUGUUUGGUCAUACUUCAACCUGUUACCGUAAGAGACCAUUUUCCUUUCAGUGUUGAAAAGCAAAGACAAUCAUGGGUUUAUUCUGUGGCCAGAGAAUGGAGAAGUGGGGCCUGGCUUCCAGGGCUGGGUGUGGGAAGCCACAGCUACAAAGCAAAAGAAAUGAGAAGCCGGAGGCCCUGUGUUUACUGGGAACUAGACACUUCCUUUUGAAGCUUCUGUUCUGUUGAGGUCUUAGUGACUCACAACUGCCUUGGCUCUGAGGCUCUGUCUCUUACAGUAUUGGGAGGGGAUUUAGGGUCUGCUAGAGGUCACUGUGGCCCUGAAGACCUCUUCAGGGCAUUAUCCUGAAGAGGCCCUUGUGACCUCCAGGCCCAUUGUUAAAGAUAAGCACUGUUGGGGGCUGGGACCAGGAUGGCCCGCUGUGAUACUCUGCCCUGGGUAACCAAGAUGGAAGCACGAUCACUUGACCUUUGUCCCCUCAGCUUGCUCUUCCCUGCAGUUUACUCUGAGUCUCCAGAUGAGUCAUGGAGGAAGCUGCAUGUUCCUGGGGCCUGGCCUCUGGAAGUCCCCCUGAGUUUCAAUGUCUGGGCCCAUUAAACCACAUCUGUUGGCUAUGGAGUGGCCAUAGAGCAACUGGACCUGCUGCAGACUCUACACCCUGUGAUGGCCCUGUCUCUGUGGCCUAGCAUCCUUCCCUCCAUGGGAAGCAUAGAGCUCUGGGCCCCAGCUGGCUGACGGGGCUGACCCAGAAUGCAGGCACCAAGCAGGCCAGCACCCUUAUCCUCCCUUUCACAUUCUCAUCUGAGGUGACAGGAGCCACAAGUUAGCUGGCACCCAGUUCAAGAAGCUUGGACAUCUCUGCAGAGUCAGUUCUGUCUCUGCCUAUCGCUCUCUGCAUGCGUUUCCCAGGACUGCAGGACCCCACACCCCGGGAAACUGCAUGCUCAAGGGAACCAGUUGUUGAGUUCUGACCUCUAGGCUCUGGGGCUCAAAGCUUUGGGGUGAAUCCAAAGGGGCUGUACAUCAGAAUUUCCUGGGGAUUCCAAAACAACAAUGCACUUCUCCCACAGGCUGACAUGGACAUUGGUGUCUGUCACAGGUGAUUCUGGCCAGCCCAGGUUGAGAUGCGCUGGGCAGAGAACUCCCCAAGUAGAAACCAAGGUGUAGGAUUUUUGUUUGUUUGUUUGUUUUGUUGAAGAAGGAGAAUGGGUGUGAGUCAGGCAGAACCUUUGGUGCUCUGUACCCUGCCCCACUGGGGUUGUCAGGAGAUUGGGUUACUGAGUGUGGGUGACAGUACCAUCAGAUGUGUGGGAACCCAGCAUAUCUGCUCACCAACUAAUGCUUGGGCUUGGUGCUCCCAGGUCCAGGGCUGGAAUAAGGAGCCCAAGGCGUAGGGAUAAAAGGACUUAGAAUCGCUGUAAAAGUUUUAAUAAGGAAUAGACAGACACUAGAGACGGGGCUGGAGAGAAGACUCAGCUGUUAAGAGUCCUUAUUGUUGCACAGACCCCGGGUGUAAUUCCCAGUGCCCACAUGGCAGCUCACAACCAUCAGCAGCUCGGGUUCCAGGGCAUCUGAUGCCCUCUUGUGGCUCCCAUAUGCACAUCGUGCACAUGGUGUGCUAAAUACAGACAGAAUGCUCACACACAUAAAGUAAAUGCAUCUUAGAAAACAGUAGACACUGAGGACAGAAACACAGCAGGUGAAUUCUAAAAGAGAAUCAUACACCUGAAAAGGAAUGGGGUGAUUGUAUACCAAUUGGAAGUCACCUGGCCUGCCUCCUGGGCCUUCUGUGUCAGAUCCUUUGGGUGGACUCCACAAGGACAGCUCAGUGUCUCGAGGUAGUAGCUCUUACAGUGCUAGGGACUGGGUGAGGUGCAGGAGCCGUUAGGAGUUAGGCCCCCACUGUAUAAAGUUACCACGAGUCUGGGGAAUUUUACCUUGUUAGUUUUUAUAUUUUAAUGUAAUGUAUGUGUACAGGUGUUUGUCAGCUGUAUAUGUAUGUGUACCACAUGUGUGCCUGGUGCUCCGUGGAGAUCAGGAGAGGGCAUUAUAUCCUUUAAAACUGGAGUUACGAGUGGUUGUGAGUCACCAUGUGGGUGUUUCGAACUGAACCUGGGUCCUUUGCAAGAGCCACAAGUGUUCUUAACCACUGCGCCAUCUCUCCAGUCCCCUUUGAUUUUUAUUUAAGUUUUUACGUUUCUUUGCUAUCCGUGACCACAUGCGUCAUACAUGCCAUGGUGCACAUGCAGAGAUCAGAAGAGAACUUACAGGGGUCGGUUUUCUCCUACAGUGAGUCGCAGGGAUCAAACUCAUACGUCAGGACUGGCUGCAGGUGCCCUUCCCUACUCGCUAUGAGAACUAUGCUAGCCUCUAACUCCCAAAGAUCCACGUGCCUCUGCCUCCCAACUAAAGGGGUGUGCCACCAUGCUCGAUUAGCCCUGCUUUUUUCCCCCCCGCUUUAAACUAGGUAUUGUAGGAACCUUUUAAGAUUUAAUUUUUUAAAUUGUGUGUAUGUGUGCAUGCACACACUUGAGUGUGGGUGCCCACAGGGACCAGAAGUGUCAGAUCCCCCUGGAGCUGAGUUACAGGCUGUUCUGAGCCAACUGGCAUGGGUGCUGGGAAUCGAACUCAGGUCCCCUGUAAGAGCAGGUCAUUCUCUUAACCACUGAGCCACCCCCAGCUCCUAGUGCUGUUGUCUACUCUUGACCUUUUUGUCUCUAUCUGUCCCUCAGAUACCGUCACUCCAAGCACAGCAGGUGUGUGCGUGAGCACAGCCUGUCUCUCCAGAUCUAGGAAAGGAAUGUGCUGCCCACGUCCUGCUCAGUCUGUUCCACCUGAGCCUCUGCUCCCAGGCCUGCUUGUACCACCUUUCCACUGUCCUCACCUGUCCCCUCCCACGGUGUCUGUCUGGCCAGCCUGGACAUGCAUCUGAUGGUCAAACACAGCCGUAGCCUAGGUGCCUGAACAUUGCUGCAUUAUCUGCUCAGCAACAGGCCACUUGGGUGCCUGCCAUCUCCCCAGCAGAGCAGCGAGUAAGCAGCGGGCUGCUAGCCUGUCUGCGGCCAACCCCAGAAGCGGCCUCUGUCAUGUGUUUUCUGGAAAUCGAAACCAGACUAGGUUUAUGAAGCAUUUCCUGGGACCAGGCUGAGGAGAACCACAUGGUGGAGCCUCUCAGUCCAACAGUCUGCAGAAAGCUCCCGAAGGCAGCCAGCAGGGAGGCUCCAGGACCACCUUCAGCAGCUGCCCGGGAGUCCCUGUCUCUUGCUUCCAGGGCUGGGCGUCUAGACCAGGCAAUGGCUCUCCUCUGGCUCCUCUCUGUGUGGUUGCUGGUUCCAGGGACUCAAGGUACAGAAGAUGGGGACAUGCGUCUGGUUAAUGGGGCCUCAGCCAAUGAGGGCCGCGUGGAGAUCUUCUACAGAGGCCAGUGGGGGACAGUGUGCGACAACCUCUGGAGCCUUUUAGAUGCCAACGUCGUCUGUCGGGCCCUGGGCUAUGAGAACGCCACUCAGGCACUGGGCAGAGCUGCCUUCGGGCCAGGAAAGGGACCCAUCAUGCUGGACGAGGUGGAGUGUACAGGGACAGAGUCCUCACUGGCCAACUGCAGCUCCCUGGGCUGGCUGAAGAGCCGCUGUGGGCAUGAGAAGGAUGCAGGCGUGGUCUGCUCCAACGAAACCAGGGGUGUCCAUGUCCUGGACCUCUCUGGAGAGCUCUCAGAUGCGAUGGGCCAGAUCUUUGACAGCCAGCAGGGCUGUGACCUGUUCAUCCAGGUGACAGGGCAGGGGCAUGGGGAUCUGACCCUCUGUGCCCACAAGCUGAUCUUGAACACCAACCCUGAGGCCCAGGCCCUGUCGCAAGCAGUGGGCAGCAGCGUCAUCAUGAGAGUGGACGAGGAAUGCAUGCCUGUAGUCAAAGACUUCCUCAGGUACUUUUACUCCCGAAGAAUCGAGGUCACCAUGUCUUCUGUCAAGUGCUUGCACAAGCUAGCCUCAGCCUUUCAGGCCACACAGCUUCGAGACUACUGCGGACGGCUCUUUGCCACCCUCCUCCCCCAGGAUCCCACUUUCCACACACCCCUGGACCUCUAUGCGUACGCACAGGCCACCAAGGACUCUGUGCUGGAAGAUCUGUGCGUGCAGUUCCUAGCCUGGAACUUCGAGCCUCUGACGCAGGCUGAGGCCUGGCUAAGUGUCCCUACCACCUUGCUCCAGGCUCUCCUCUCCAAGAGUGAGCUGGCCGUGUCCAGUGAGCUGGACUUGCUGAAGGCGGUGGAUCAGUGGAGCACAGAGAGUGGCAUCUCCCACGUGGAGGAAGAGUAUCUGCUGGAACAGGUCCGCUUCCCUAUGAUGCUGCCCGAGGAGCUGUUUGAGCUGCAGUUUAACCUGAGCCUGUACCAGGGUCACCAGGCACUGUUCCAAAGGAAGACCAUGGAGGCCCUGGAGUUCCACACCGUGCCUUUCCCAGUGCUGGUCAAGUACAGAGGCCUGAACCUCACUGAUGACACCUACAAGCCCCGGCUCUACACCUCCUCAACCUGGAGUACCUUGGUGACAGCCCGUUCCUCAAGUUCCUCAAGAUCACGGGGCGUGCAAGUGUACAGCUACAAUCAGUUCUACUCAUAUGGCUAUGGCUCAAGAACCCGGUAUGACCCCUACCGGUCCUUCCUGACCCCACAACACCCCAGCUUCCUCUUCAAGGACAAGCUGAUCUCCUGGUCAGCCACCUACCUCCCCACCAUCCAGAGUUGCUGGAAUUACGGCUUCUCUUGCACCUCUGACGAGCUCCCUGUGCUGGGCCUCACCAAGUCCGGCUACUCCGAUCCUACUAUUGGCUACGAAAACAAAGCGCUGAUGGUCUGUGGAGGGUCCAGUGUGGUGGAUGUCACCAAUUUUGAAGACUCUAAGGCUCCUAUCCCCAGUGCCCUGGAUACCAAUAGUUCCAAGAUUUCCUCCGUCUUUCCCUGCACCUCAGGGGCCUUCAGCAGCUUCCGUGUGGUCAUCCGCCCCUUCUACCUGACUAACUCCACUGGCCUGGACUAGAUGGUCCAUCUCUGUGGUGGGGACUCAGACACCCAUGUGUCCCCUUUUUGGCCUCCUUCUUUGUAGCUGCUUUCAGCAGCUUGCCACCAGAUCUCCCCAGCUUCCACCGUCUCUACGAGCUUUAUAUUUUACUAGGUUUCAGCCAUCACUCACUCCAGUGUUGAGAGUCCCCAGGGCUCCCAUUGUAGGCACACGCAGGUUCUGUGAGGUCCUGUGGGAUUUCCAGUGCCCACUGCAGAGCUCUGUCUGUCACGGUCACUAAUCUGAAAUCAUUAAAGUCACAUGUACUUCUCA